AUGACUACCCUGCGCGGCUACCAACAACCCGAGCUCAGCAAGAAACUCUUCAGGAUCAUCAAAAACGAAAACAUCAUCAUCAGCGCUUAUGAGUCUGCCGGCCGUGAACGAGGCUUGAUCGCUUCCCAGCUGUCGGAGUGGGGCGAAGCCACCGGCGAUGACAGCGUGUCUGAUAUUUCUGAUAAGCUAGGUGUGCUUUUGUCAGAGAUUGGAGAACAAGAAGAUAUCUUUGCUCAGAGUCUGGAGGAGUAUCGCGGUGUGCUGAAGCAGAUUCGGAACAUGGAGGGUUCGGUGCAGCCGUCGCGGGAUUCGAGGAAUAAGAUUUCGGAUGAGAUUCAGAAGCUGAAGUACAAAGAUCAGUCACAUCCGAAGAUUGUUACUUUGGAACAGGAGCUUGUCAGAGCCGAGGCGCAGAAUUUGGUAGCUGAAGCACAGCUGUCGAAUGUGACACGACAAAAAUUUAAAGAAGCAUUCGACGUUCAUACAGCCGCCAUUAUUGAACGUGCCGAGAAGCAAAUCAUUCUCGCUCAGCAUGCGCGCCGAUUAAUUAAUAUCCUCGACGACACGCCCAUCGUCCCCGGAGACGCCAGCAAACACUAUGACCAAGGCACCGCAGCUCGAGACGUCCUGAACGAUGCUGAGAAUGAUUUGCGUGCAUGGGAGCCUUCAAUGUGCCCCAUCACAAUACACGCCAAUGAGGCGGGUAAACAAGAAGCAGCCCCGACUGCAAACGGAGUUGAGGCGACAGAGCACGAAACUCAUCACCGUGUUGGGCAUGAGGCUGUCGCUACGGAUGCUAAUCAGUCGGCUACGAUUGCGGCGGCAUAG